AUCAACGCAGACAAUGUUCAAAUAAGAGGUGGAAAGACUCUUCAGUGACAUUUCAUCAACGCACAAUGUCUAAACUGCAGGUUUUAAGUGUUUUUCUGACAGAGAGAUUAACAUUAGCUGCACAGGAGAUAUUUAAGGCUGUGGAAGACGUAUUUUCAGAGUAUAAUGAGGAGAUGUGUCGCUCCAGACUGGAGGUUGAGCUGCUCAAGAGGAGACUGCAGCAGACAGGAGUUCAGAUGGACUCUGAAACGCAAUCUCGCUCCUCUGAGACUCAAGGACAGAAAUGCACCCAGACAUUUUCAGAGGACUCGAAAGAUACAGAGAUGCAGCUGAAGCUAGAAGUUUAUACACAGCCCGAGGAGAACGAAGAGGACAUGCCUGUUUGCAGUGAAUCAGCAUCUUUAUCAACAUGUGUGGACAUUUAUCAUGAUCAUACGCCCAGCAAAGACACUGAAACCCAAGUGAUGGACAGUAGUGAGAGUAAUUGUCACUUUAUUGAAAAAGUAGCUCGGAUUAAGAAUGAGCCAGAAACUAAAACUGAAACAGGAACUACCUGUCAAAUACAGCAGAACAUCACAAAACAAGAUUUCGAUGAUUCAGAGGCCAGUAAUGCUUCCAGUGACGUCAACAAAGUCAAAGUUAGCCACAUUGGCUCGCCAAGACAUGAGACACAAACAUUUAAUCUGCCCCUUAGAAAUCAAGAGAUGCUGACGAAGCAUCGGAUGGAGCUGGUCCAGACAAGAGACAGAUUGGCAGAUGAAGAGCAAAAGAAGGCUGCAGCAAAAGCUAGAUCCCUAAAGCACAAGCAGAAAGUAUACAGGAAUCCUGAGCUUCGUGAGGCAUACAGGAAAAAGGAGAGAGAGAGGAAAUUACAAUCACAGCAGGAAAGGAACAAGAGAAAUAUGAGUGAAAAUGAGGAAAUUCGCAGAGUAAAGAAGAUCAGGCACUUUGAAGAAGUGACACUUGAUGAACAACAAACACAGUCCAAGACAAACCUGGCUGACAUUUGUUUGGAGGACGUUCAGCAUGAAGAGGAACUGUCUGAAAGCUACCCGACACAUCAUGAUGUUCACGGAAAUCCACGCGGUACAGGAGAGUAUCUGUGUGUCGUGUGCCGCAAAAGAUUCAACACGCCAGGACUGCUGAAAAUUCAUCUGCGAGUUCACUCUGGAGAGAAACCCUACCACUGCAACUUUUGUGGGAAAAACUUCAGACAGUCAAGUCACCUGAACACACAUGUCAGGAUCCACACGGGAGAGAGACCUCACAUCUGUCAGAGCUGUGGGAAGACGUUUAUUGACUCCAGCGCAAGAAACAGACACUUCAAAAAAAAUUUUACCUAAACUCCUUAAAAAACUUUCACAUUUUCCACAGAAGAACUGAUUGAGUUUCUUGAAUCAUCUGAACUGAGGUAUGGCUCACAUUUUGACCAUGUAAUGUUUUAUUUAAUGAACCAAUUUUAAAUCUUUUUUUCUGCUUGGAAAAAAGCUGUUUGUCUUGUUUCUUCUACUUAAUAUUAAAUUCGUAUUAGCUAGCAUAUUUAUGAGAAAAUGUACUAAUUUAUUUAUUACACUUUUUUUUUAAGCAAACAAAAUAUCGUGUUUCAUUUUCAUACAUGUCUUUGGUCUUAUUUUUUAAGCUGGUAGUAUAGAAUGUAUAAACAUUACUGCAGUUUAUAGUUUUUUUUGUUUUUUUUUUUAUGGGUGAAUUUUGUCUGAAUUUUUAUGAAUAAAAGAUCAUGUUUUUUACAAUCUUAUUUAAUUUUGCUUAUAUCUUCGCUUUCUAAACAUGAACUUUUAC